GAGAAAACUCGCUGUCUCUGGUGCAACCUUUUGAAGAUUUUCUACGCUCUCAGACCUACGCUGGAGAACGGUGGAAUGGAUCGAAUAUUGCAAAACAGCAUGAACCUUGCUGAUCUCGGAGAGGAGAUCUGAGCCGCUGAUAUAGUUCACCCCAUUAACUAUUGGUGCUAAUGCUCCUCGAAUUCACUCCGCAGAUCUAUCCUCUCAUCGCAGAGAACCCUAUCGCCUGGGCAACGCUGGCUACUCGCAUUCGUUCAGCGCCUAUAUUCCAAGAAGCAGCAGUCCAUGUCAUCGGCAAAUGGAGUUUGUUGGAGGAAACGGAACGUGCGUCUCUGCCCCAGAAAGCGCGUGAACUAUGGAUGCCAUAGGAAGCAGAAGAUGCUUGCUCGCUAC